UAUAAUAAAGGUGAGACAUCCUUAUUUUAUUAUUUUAAUGACUAUCAACGACAUGAUUCUGGCGAGAGUCUUAUCGAAUAGAUAACUGUUUUGUUAGUGAGUUAAUGACCGAAACAUAUGGUAACCCAAAAAAUCAGGAGUUUCCAACAUUAUCGACACACAUGUCUAACUGAAUUCACUUUUGAAAACAACAACCUCCUUACAUUUGUCCUUUCUCUACUUUUACUGAGUCUUUCCAAACCCAACAGAUCCGCACAUUAAUAGAGACACCCUUCAGCUCUCAUUUUCAUCAUCAUAACAAAACAUGCAUACACAUCCACACGCCUUCAAAGCUUAAUUUCUUCAUUCAUUCAUUUGUCGUGGAUCAUACUUAGUUCGUUUCUUCCAGCAUCACUGGGUGGUGGAAAGAAAUAAGAAUAAGAAUAAUUAAUAAUAAUGACCCUUAAGGGUGGCACAACACAAGCCUGUGCAGCAUGCAAAUUCCAAAGAAGAAAAUGCACUCCUGAGUGCCUUUUAGCUCCAUACUUCCCUGCAGACCAACCCAAAAUAUUCCUCAAUGUCCAUAAACUUUUUGGAGUUAGCAACAUUGUGAAAAUACUAAAACACCUUGAGCCUAGUCAGAAGAAAAUUGCCAUGGACUCUAUUAUCAUUCAAGCUAAUUAUAGAGAUAAGUAUCCUGUGCAUGGCUGUUGGGAAGAAAUCUGCAGGCUACAAUAUCAAAUAUGGGUAGGGGAAGAAGAGCUUCAUGCUGUUUAUCAACAACUUGAAAUUUGCAGGCAGCAACAACAACAACAACAGUUGCCUCAUGAUGAUGUGACUUCACAGUUAGAAUUGGGUAUGGCAGCCCCAUGUUCCUCCAAUGCACUCACACUCUUUAAUCACACUACUACACAACCACAGACUUACAACAACAAUACAGUGGCUGCUGCUCCUUUGUCUGUAUCUCAGCAACAUUCCUACUCCAACAGUAAUAGUGUGGAUUAUAAUAACUCACCUCUCUACAUGGAUUCAAAGGAUAAUAAUGCAACAAAUCCUAAUUUGUGGAUUCAGUGCCCUUACACAAAUAACAAUAGCAAUUCAAUAAUAAUGCAACCUCAUCAGUUGGUUGCUUCAGAGUCACAACCGCUAUCAUCUGUCCAACAAGGAGUUGUUGAAGAUAAUUAUGAUGAGAUGCAUUCGUUUUUUGAUACAGUUGAUGAUAGGCAAUCAUACAUUUACUCUAAGGAGGCUUAUGAAUCAAGUUCGGAAGAAUCACUGAAAGAUACAAGAAAGUGCACAGAGCAUGUUUCUGAGAAUGAACUGAAGAGUGCUGCUGCUUGUUUCAGCCUUACCAGUGUCAACUGAUGAGUACUGUGCUUCCCUCCUCCCCUCAACAAAAAGAAAAGAUGAACUAGGUUUCAUUUUUCCAUUCCUUUUUGGAUUUUUGUUAAAUUUUUGGUAAUCUUGUCAAAAUUGUGUUUCCAAUCCUUCAUCUGUCAACAUUUAAAAUAGAAGCAGAUACCAUCCAUUCAAAUUGUGUUGGUUAUGAGAAAGCAAAUAAUAAUAUCCAGAUAGGGCAUUUUCAUCAAUCUAUACCGAAUAUUUGUCUGUUCUUAUAUGCUAGCCCGUCAUAAUAUUAACUGCAUAAUUGUUUUGGAGCAACUUUAUAUAUUGCCUUCUGAUGUAAGUAGUCACUCUAGGAAACAGUGAUAUCGAUAACAGAAUAGAAAGAUAAGGCGACGCCGUGACAGAAUAGACAUAUCACAAUGAAACUUGCAUUCUCAUAUAACUUUAAAUCACUUUCAUCAGUUCAUGUGCAACAAGGACCCACCCCCUCCUUUAAGAUUAUGACUUAAGACAUGAGGAUCCUUAUUGACUCCCAAAUUAACAUAUACGUAGCCCUUCUUUAACCUUUAAUAUAUUAACUCAAAAGGAAACAUAGGCUACCAAGUUGAGUUUCCUUUCUGAAGUGUUUAUUUGAUUAAGGCAGCUGCUAUUUUCAUUACUUCAAAUAAAGGAAGAGGAUAUAAUCAGCAUACAACAACAACUUUUCCUAUUCAGGUUGGCUACAUGGUUAAAAAAAAUCUAUUGAAAAACAAGUUUGCAGAAAGGCCACUUGAUCAUAUUCAAAAUGUAGAAAAUAUAACGCAUUACUUUAUUUCUUUUUGCCUGUAGUAUCAUUUUGUAUAAGACACAAUAUUUCUAUAAAUCCUUAUGGUUCUCAAAACAGACCACACAAAAAUAUAUAC